CAUGCAUCAACCCAAGCACUCAUCCUCUCUGUUCCCAUCAACACGUUCUCACAACCAUUGUCAAAAGUUUAAUUUCAAGGGUUGACCCACCAAAGGAUCUCCUCGUGGAAAUAGUCGGCUCAUGACUCCAUGAAUAAUAUGUUCCCUUAGGGAAUAGGGAGGCCGUAUUAUGUGGAUGGCAUGACAAUAAUGACUACCCUCAUCAUCUUCUGGAUUAGUGGAAGACUGGAAGUGGUAGCUAGUUCUCAUAAAUCAUGGUUCCUUGGAGCUGAAAGUGUUAGUGCUAGUAAAAGUGUGGCGCUACUGGCCCCUACUUAUUUUUUGGUGGAGAAUUGCAAUGCUUGGGAUAUUGUCAGAAUCCCUAGGAAAGUGGCUCUGGCCCAGGCCUCGACACUACCCUUGACAUGUCAAAACAGCUCCACAGCCAGCCUGCAUGCGUGCCAUGGCCCAUGCCUUGACACGCAUGAGGUGUCCAACAAGGCUACUAGUUGCGCGCAGCCCAAUGCGCUGCCCAGCAUGCGCAUGCCUAGCGAGGUUAGUGACUGUGCGCAGCCCAGUGCUCGCACACCCAUGCAGCAUCAGCGCAAGACACCAUGUUGUGCCCACCAGCAAGCUCAUGCAUGGCACCAUGCCAUGCCCAUCAGCAGGCCUUGCACAACACCAUGUCGUGCCCACCAGUAGGCCCACGCAUGGCACCAUACCAUGCCCAUCAGCAGGCCAUGCAUGG